AUGCUGCCGCUGCUGCUGACAGCUGUCUCUGAGGGGCGACUCACGGUGGAGGAUGUCGUCCAGCGCCUCUAUGAGAACCCCCGCAAGAUCUUUGGGCUGCCCGCGCAGGAGGACACCUACGUGGAGGUGGACCUGGAGCACGAGUGGAUCAUCCCCAGCUGCACGGCCUUCUCCAAGGCACGCUGGACACCCUUUGAGGGCAUGAAGGUGAAGGGGACGGUGCGGAGGGUGGUCCUGCGUGGGGAGGUCGCCUACAUCGAUGGGCAG